AAUAAAUGGGAUUUUGGGUUCCAAGGGGAUCGUCAACACACAGUCCGUCAUCCUUCAGGCCCUGAAGCAAUAGCACUGCAAGCAAGCGCCCAGGGCGGGGAAGUGCCAGAGAGACAUCAGACAAGUACACAGCACAGAGUUCUCGUCAGUCCAAAGCUCUUAAGGAGGGGGCGAAUUGCGCCAGCGGCAUUGGCGGCGCUGGCCGAGCUAUGAUCCGACUGCUCCGAGCAGUGCCGAGGCCUUGUAAGUCUCAUUAGUCCCGGCGGAAAGGCACCAAGAGAAGUCGAGUCCCGACGCUCACAUGCCUCUUACGAUGCACCGCUACGAGGUUGCUCUCUCAACACUCUCGACCGAGCACGCUGGCUCUUCACCAGCAUCCUCGUCGCAACAACAUCAUCACCAUCACUCUCAAUCCACCGUAUCGCCUGUUGCUCACCACCUCAACCAGCCGCAGCAACAGCACCAUCACGAUCACCACCAUCACCCUGAUCAACAACAGGAACAACUGGAGCACCAUCAGGAGCGCGUCAUCCGAACUGCCCGUGGUGAUUUUUCUCUUGGCAGCCUCUUUCCUGGUAUGAACGCUCAUCAACACCAUCAGCAGCAGCAGCAUCUUGAACCCGAGGUAUCUCACAAUGCCGAGUCACCGUAUCUGCCGAUCCGAACCGAAUCACCGGUAACAGUACGGUGUAUUGCUCCGAGCUCACCCAACUCAAGCCACAGCCCCAACGAGGAUCAGCAACAGCAACAACAACAGCAACACCAAGAACAGCUGGCUUCACCACACCGGCACAAUAGUAAUUAUAGUCCUGUUGGAGGGCAGGAACAGGGUCGUUUACAAAAUCUAACCCACCUGCAGCCUGCCGUUCUGACUGUGAGUUCCUUGCCAGAUGAGCGCACUAGUCAGCUUUUUUUUGAUCCGAUUUACCACCAGCCGAGUCCUCAAGCCCACCUUGCCCACCACCACCACCACCAUCAUCAUCAUCAUCAACAACACCAUAGCCACACCCAGCAGCAACAGCAUCAGGAAGAGCAGCAGCAGCAAGAACAACAGCAGCAGCAGCAGCAGCAGGAGCAGAGUCCUGGAGCUCCGCACUCACCUAUCGGUGCCAGCUCGUCAGUUUACCGCAUGAACAGCGUUGGCAGCAUCGGAAGCAGUACCAGCACUCCAUACCCUACGAUCUAUGUGAAUCCGUUGGAACUUACGCAAGUGUCACAGCAACUGUGGCCUAGUCAAGUGACAGGGCUAAGUGGAACGCUGCCAUCGAUCACGGGUGAGGACUAUGGACAGGCCAGUAACAACAACAGCAAUGCUGGCAGUGGCGGCACAGGGACAACCAAGUCCUCCAGCCUGCCUGCUUUUUCACAUCCUUACGCUAGGAGCUACCCUCGCUAUGCACCUACUUACUCAACUCAGCAGGUUGCAGUUGCAGCAGCAGCAGCAGCAGCGGCUGCUGCCGCAGCCGCAGACGUAGUGUCGUGGACAGGCUAUCCCCCCGGGGCUGACUCGGUCUCGGGCUCACAGUACGUCACAUCCAACUCCCUUGGGGUAGGCACGGGUGGGCGAAGACACCAACCAACCCAGGCCCAGCCUCAGAUAGUCCAACAGCACCAAGCCCAGCAUGCCAUAUGUUACUUGUGUUUAAAAUACAACAAAGCAUUAGUUAUGAACUUUCUCCAGUAA